AUGGCGCGGGAGCUGAGCCAGGAGGCCGUGCUGGACUUCCUCUGGGGGGCCGGGGGCCGAGCCCCCAACACGGCUCUGCUCCGCCACUUCCAGCGCUUCCUCCGCGACCCGGCGCUGACGGAGCAGCAGCGGCGGGAGCGCCGCGAAUACUUCAAGAGCCUCGUCAAUUCCCUGGCCACCGUCCACCCCGCCGCCGCCCCCGGCGCCUCCAAGGACGUCGUCCUCCGCCGCAGGUACCGCGACCUCCUCGAUGAGGAGCUGCCGCCGCCGGAGGAAAAGCAGGAGAAACAGGAGGAAGAGAAGGAGCCGCCGCCCCGACGCGACCCCGGCCGGCGGCGCGGCCCCCCAGGGGAGGCGGCGGCGAAGGAGCGGCCCGGCGGAGGGCAGCCCCCGGGGGCCGCCGUCGCGGGGGGCUGCGCCGCCCGGGGCCGCGGCGGACCCUGCUGCGAGUGCCGCCGGGCCCGCCGAGCCGCCGCCGCCGCCCCCCCGGUGCUGUCCCGCACCGAGCUGCCCCUACCCCGGUCCCCGCCGCCACCCCGAGCCGAGUCACCCCCGUCCCGGUCGCUGCCGUUGCUGUCCGCCCCAGGGGUGCUGCCCCUGUCCCGGUCCCUGCAGGCCCUCCCUGCCAGCCCCUCCCCAUCCCCACCGCUUUUGUCAGGCCCCGCGGUGCUACCCUCCACCCGGCUGCCCCCAUCACAGUCCAGGUCCCUGCAGCAACUCCCCACCGGGCCCUCCCCAUCCCUGCCAAGGGGAUCCAGGGUGCUGACCCCAAAUGGACCAAACCCAUGUCAAGCCCUGCUGCUGCACUCGUACCAAACCCUGCCACUGCCAUCAGGUCCUGGGGUGCUGCCCCCCACCAGGCCACCCCCAGCCCAGUCCCCACCACACUCCCCCACCCAGCCACCCCCUGCCCGGCCACCCCCAGCCCAGUCCUUGCUGCCAGCACAGGGACCCGCACCACUCCGGGCCCCAGAGAGAAGCCCCCCAGCACCGCUGCCUGUCUUCAGGAGCAUCAGGUGCCAGCUUGCUUUGUUGGAGGUGCAGGGUAUCCCCCCAUCGCUGCCAGAGGACUGUGGGCGGCAGCCCCGCACCAUGCCCUCCAAGAGCUCCACUAGGAACGUCCCAAGCCGGGGGCUGUCGGUGCCGCUGGGGCAGCGGGAGCACGCCUGGCUAGUGGCGGUGUCAGCAGGGUGCUGGGCCCGGGUGCGGGGGCUCUUCCUGGAAGAGCCGGAGUUGGCCCUGCAGCGGGACUUCAUGUCAGGCUUCACAGUCCUACAUUGGCUGGCCAAGCACGGUGAUGGGCCAGGCCUGCAGGAGCUGGCAGCAGCGGCGCGGCAGGCUGGACUGGCCCUGGACGUGGACGCCCGCUCGGGCUGCGGGUACACUCCGCUGCACCUGGCCGCCAUACACGGCCACCAGCUCGUCAUCAAGGUGCUGGUGCUGCAGCUGGGGUGCCAGGUGCAGGUGCGGGACAGCAGUGGGCGCAGGCCCUGGGAGUAUCUGGGCAGCUCCACCUCGGGGGAGAUCUGGCAGCUCCUGGGGGCACCCCGAGGCACGAUUAUGUUCCCCACACAGCCCCUGGCCCGCAGCGUGUCCUCUGUCAGCAAGGUCUCGCUGUCUGCUGGCAGGGCAGCGCUGCCUGCCUGCCUCAGGCCGCAGCAUGGCCGUGGGGCAGCAUCCCACCUACCCGGCAGUGAGAGUGACUGA